AAGUUUUACCGGUUGGGGGAGCAAUACGGGAAAAGUGAGCGGAGGAGAGCAGGGCAGACGGCGGGGCCGGCCUGCCCUGGUCGCGGCGGCGCUCGGGGGAGCCGGGCGGGGACCGGCGCGGGGACCCGGGGAGGGGCGCGCGGGUGCCAGGGCACUCGCACCGCUGAUCUCCACCCGGGGACGCGCGGGCUCGCGGCCAGCACGGCCGUGUAGAGCAGGGGACCGAGAAGCAGCGGGGGCCUCACUGCCCCGAAGACCUCGAGCCUCCCGGAGCCCAGCCCGGCGCUGCGGGCGGGAGCGGCCUGCGGACCCGGCCUGUCCGUCCUGCGCCCCGGGACGCGCGGCGCCGCGGAGGGGGAGGGGCGGGCCCCCGGCGGCUAGCGCUCCCUCCGUUUGCGGGGGACAUUCUCCCCGCCGGGACGUGCCCCGGACUUCUCCGGCGGCGAGAACCUGUUGACAAGCGGAAGGGUCUCGCGAUGUACUUCCAGCUGGUGUUGAACCCCAGGCUGCCCUCGAGCUCCCCGUGACUCUCCUGUCUCAGCCUCCUGAGUGUUGGGUGUGUGCCCCCAUCACCUCCGGUACAACAGUUCAAUUUUACUUAAGCUCUUUUUCCUCUUUUCAGGGUAUGUAGUGGAAGGUAGUGGCUCAUGGGGCUUGAACGUCUGAAAAUGCACUUGGGAAGAAGGGGCAGCACUGAAACGAGAUGAAUGAGAGACUUCUAGGAACAUGGUGAAGCAGUGAAUGGCAACAAAUCAACGUCUUUAAGAUUUGGAAACCAGACACUGGAAAGUGACACCUUGGGGAAGAAAAGAUGGAGGACUUGUUUUUUCUUCCCAUAACCCAGGAUGGUAUUGUGGUCUCCAGUAUCCUUCCAAGAUUAUAAAUUGCAGGAGUGGACUAUGAUUGUUUCAGACAAUUCCAGACCUUCUGGAACAACUGCAAAAGGCAACAUAACCCUGUGGAAACUAAGAAGGAAAAAAAUUCCUCAACAGUCUCAGAAACUGAUCUUCAGUGGCCAGUGAUUUGAGAUAUAGAAGAUUAGACUUACCAAGUUUAAAAAGAGUACAGUCCCGACACAAAAACUAUCCGGUAAAAUGUACAUUCAACUUUGGAACUAAUUUUGAGAUAUAUUCGAGGUAACAGAAAAUAAUUUCUGGGAAGCAAGUCUUCAGUGAAAAAAAGUAGGGCCCAGAGGCCAGAAGUCGGGACAAGAUGUUUAGGUCUGAUCAAAUUAAAACGCGGAAGCUACUGUAGUGCUUUCCGGCAAGGGAAACAGAUAUGCUCCAUGUGAAAGAAAGCUCACCUAGAAUACCACUAGGUUACCAGGACUUUAGUCACAGCACGUUACAAGAAUCUAAAAACGACACGAGGCAGGGUCGCAAGAAUCGGAUAUUUCCACGCGCCUGGAGCAAAAAAACCCCGUAUUUCAGGGUUUAGGGCAUAAUGAAACACGCCAAAAUAUGCUAAGAACAGUUAAGUGACAUUUCAUAUUGACAAUAAAGCUGAAUAAUUUUUCAUUUUCCACUGUAAAUAAACAACACCGUGAAAAGAAUGACCCUUGACUGAAUUUUAGAAAUGACAGAAGAUGCCCGUCAAGAGAAGAAAGAGAAAGCAAAAAAGCGAGGCGGGCGCGCAUUCGUAGCAACUCGGCCCGCAGGGUUCCCGGAGCCAGGCAAACAGCUCCGCCCGCGCGCUCCCUGAAGUCUGCAGGCCGGACCCGCCUCAGGGCAGUUUGGCUCCGCCCUACUCCGGCAGGUCCGUCCGGAGAAAACGAGGCGGGACUUCCGGCGUUUGAAAAACUUCCGGCGGGAACCGGAAGAUGGGGUAACACACACAGAAUCCCGGGUCUCCGGACGCGCCGGGCGCAAAGACCACUGUUGACUGAGAGUGAGACUACAGAAGAUAAAACCUUAGAUAAGGGAGGCUACUAUAUAUUAUGUCCUCAUUGCCAAGAAGAGCGAAAAUACAGGCGCAGACUGCAGUGUCCAAAGAUGAAUUUUCUUACUUCUCUGAGCCGUCAUCUGCCUCUGAGGAGGAUGACAAAGAAGACACUGCUUGGGAGCCUCAGAAGAAAGUUCCCAGAGCCCGGAAGCAGCCUGCUCCCAAGGAGUCCAAACCGAAGAGGGUGCCUCGGGGGAAGAAGAACUCGGGGAACUCAGCGCUGAGCAGUGGUGGCUCAGAGGGUGUGGCUGUUAAGGAGGAACUGAAUAGGUCCAUAGCUAUUGCUGAUGUUGAUUUGGAAGAGAAUAUAUUGGAUACUGCACAGACUCUGAAGACAGCAAAGACAAAACGGAAAAAUUCAACUCAAAGGACAAAAAAGCUAAAAGUUGAUGAGGAAACCAGCAAAGUGAGUGACUUAGUGGAUGGUACAGAGAUACCAUCAACAAGCACCAUGGGGGAAGGUGUCUGUAAGAAGGAGGAGAAUGAAGACGACUUCACAUUCGGCCAGUCUCCAUUAAAGAGAAUGAAGACGGAAACGUGCCCUCAGGGGCAGCCUGUCAAGUUUCCUGCAAGCAACGCCAUUAAAGAGGAGGUAGAAAUGAACUGGGACAUAGUACAGGUUUUAUCCGAGAGAACUAAUAUUGAGCUUUGGGUUUGUGCCAACAUCAUUCGUCUCUUUAACGAUGAUAACACAAUUCCCUUCAUUGUACGUUAUAGAAAAGAGCUCAUUAAUAACUUGGACGCCGAUUCCUUGAGAGAAGUCCGACAGACCCUAGAGGAGUUGCGGGCAGUUGCAAAGAAGGUUCAUAGUACAAUACAGAAGAUUAAGAAGGAGGGAAAGAUGUCUGAGUGUUUGUUAAAAGCCUUGCUGAACUGUAAAAGUUUUGAAGAGCUAGAACAUGUGUCUGCUCCAUAUAAAACUGGGAGUAAAGGCACCAAAGCCCAAAGAGCAAAGCAGCUGGGAUUGGAAACAGCAGCCUGGACGCUGCUUGAGAACCCAGGGAAGCUCAAUCUGCUGUCUUACAUUCGACCUGAUGUUAAAGGGCUUUCUGCACUCCAGGAUAUUGAGACAGGAGUGCAGCAUAUUUUGGCAGACAUGAUUGCCAAAGACAAAGACACGCUUGACUUCAUUCGGAAAUUGUGCCAAAACAGAUACAUUUGUAUUCAGUCAUCUCUGGCAAAAGUAUCCUCAAAGAAAGUAAAUGAGAAAGAUGUUGAUAAGUUUCAGCUCUACCAGAACUUUUCAUGCAACAUAAGAAACAUUCAGCAUCAUCAGAUUCUAGCAAUUAACCGUGGGGAGAAUUUAAAGAUAUUGACAGUCAAGGUCAACAUUUCUGAUGGAAUAAAGAAUGAAUUCUGUAGGUGGUGCGUCCAAAACAGGUGGAGACCACAUGGCUUUGCAAGGCCAGAGUUAAUGAAGAUCUUACAUAACUCGCUGGAUGAUUCCUUUAAACGCCUCAUUUAUCCUCUCCUCUGUAGACAGUUCAGAGCCAAACUGACAUCAGAUGCAGAGAAGGAGUCAGUGAUGAUGUUUGGACGGAACCUUCGUCAGCUCCUCUUGACGAGCCCUGUUCCAGGACGCACCUUGAUGGGAGUAGAUCCUGGUUACAAACAUGGCUGCAAAUUAGCUAUAAUUUCUCCUACCAGUCAGAUACUUCAUACUGAUGUGGUUUACUUGCACUGUGGGCAAGGCUUCCGAGAGGCAGAGAAAAUAAAGAAACUUUUGCUGAAUUUCAACUGCAGCACAGUGGUGAUUGGAAAUGGAACUGCCUGCCGGGAGACUGAAGCUUACUUUGCUGACCUGAUAAUGAAAAAUUACUUUGCACCACUGGAUGUUGUUUACUGUAUCGUCAGUGAAGCAGGAGCAUCAAUCUAUAGUGUGAGUCCUGAAGCCAACAAGGAGAUGCCAGGGCUGGACCCCAAUCUGAGAAGUGCAGUUUCCAUAGCAAGGCGUGUACAAGAUCCAUUAGCUGAGCUAGUGAAAAUUGAGCCGAAGCACAUUGGAGUUGGAAUGUAUCAGCAUGAUGUAUCCCAGACUUUACUCAAGGCUACGCUGGACAGUGUUGUAGAAGAAUGCGUCAGCUUUGUGGGAGUCGAUAUUAACAUCUGUUCAGAAGUUUUGUUAAGGCAUAUCGCGGGACUCAAUGCCAACAGAGCCAAAAAUAUUAUUGAAUGGAGAGAGAAAAAUGGUCCCUUCAUCAACCGAGAACAGCUGAAGAAAGUGAAAGGGUUAGGUCCCAAAUCCUUCCAGCAGUGUGCUGGCUUUAUCAGAAUCAACCAAGAUUAUAUUCGAACAUUUUGCAGUCAGCAAACCGAAUCUUCAAGCCAGAUUCAAGGAGUUGCUGUGACAUCUUCAGCAGGUGUUGAAGUCACAAACGAGAAGCAGGGCAAAAAGAAGAGCAAAACCACAGUGGGUGCGAUACUGAAGCCAAAUCCUUUGGACCAGACUUGUAUUCAUCCAGAGUCCUACGACAUAGCAAUGAGAUUUUUAUCAUUCAUUGGAGGUACACUGUGUGAGAUUGGAAAACCUAAAAUGCAACAAAAAAUAAAUUCAUCUCUUGAGAAGGAAGGAAUAGAGAAGGCUGCAGAAAGAUUAGAGACAACAGUACACACUUUACAGGUCAUCAUAGAUGGUCUCAGCCAGCCGGAAAGCUUUGACUUUCGAACAGAUUUUGAUAAACCUGACUUCAAGAGAAGCAUUGUAUGCCUGGAAGAUCUACAGGUUGGCACGAUUCUGACAGGCAAAGUUGAGAAUGCCACUCUGUUUGGGAUUUUUGUGGAUAUAGGAGUGGGACGGUCAGGGCUGAUUCCCAUACGAAAUGUAACGGAAGCAAAACUUUCUAAAACAAAGAAGAGAAGGAGCCUUGGACUGGGCCCUGGAGAACGAGUGGAAGUCCGGGUCCUCAACAUUGACGUCCCCCGAUCUAGGAUUACUCUGGACCUUAUUCGGGUGUUGUGAAUGUCCCGCUGAAGGCCAAACACUGAUUUUAUCUCCUUAUUUCUACAAAUUGAUAAGGAUGAGUAAGAUAUUCCUGAAUUCUAGGUAGCAUAUGCGAAAGAAAUCACUUCAUAACAAAAGUAUUUUCUGAACAUUUUUCUUAUUUUUUUCUUAUGAAUAAAUAGAAAUCCAAAUGUUUGGUUUCUUUUCCCUUUAAAGAAAGUAGUUAGUAGACAUUCUUAUGUGGCAUUUUGUAUUCAGUUUUCUGAUCAAAACUUUAUUUUUUGUAAUUCAUCAUGGAUUGCAUUUUUUAUAACAGAUUGCCUCAGAUCUGCUUGCCAGCAUCUACCUUAUUGGAUUUAUAUGGGAUUAUCUUCUUGAUUUGAAUUAUACCACAUUUGUUUUUGACACUGUAGGGAUAGCAAUACUGCCAUUUUAUAGAUUUUUUUGUUGUUCUUUUUGUUAUCAGGCCUUUUGAACAGGAUACACGAUUUUUGCAAUCAUUUUUAUUUUCCCUUGCCAAGCAAACAAAAGAUAUACUAGUGGAACACAGUCAGAUGUGUUUCUAGCUGUCACGUGAAUGGUUCAGAACAUUACUCUGAAGUGUGUGUGUAUUGAUCCCUGCAAUAAAGUUUUGUGCUAGUGC